CAGUGUUGCCAGUUUAGCAAUUUUAUGGCUAGUUCUAGCCAUUUUGAAAGGCCGAAUGCUAGAAAAAUUAAGAAAUUGCUACUAGCUAUAAAUCUAGCUACUUUAAAAUAAACUUCAGCUAUUUUCGGCAAUUUUCUCGAACCCGUGAUUUAGGUGUGUGAAAAUUACCAGUUACAGCGAAAAUACUCUAAGUGACUUGAGUGAAAAUACUUAUCGAACAGUGAUUUCUACUUUUGACCAUCACUGCUUUGUGUGUUUCAUCUCUAGUUUGUGGUGUACAUUAAGUGACGCAAAAAAAGUGAUGCAAAAAUGCCUAAAGUGCUUUAUACGCAAAAGUUUCGCGAUGCUUGGAUGCAGGCUAGUGAAUUCAAGGCCUGGAUCCGGAAGGAUGAGACGGAUUUGUCAAAAGCUUACUGUAGCUACUGCAAAUGCAGUAUUAAAGCGAAAAUAUUCGAUUUAAGGGCUUAUGCUGAGACGAAGAAGCACAUUUCGGCAUCGAGUUGCUUCAGUCAAACCAACAAAAUUUCGUUCUCUCGGAUGCCUACGAAGCAAACAGAGCAGGAAGCAGCGUUGUGCCUAUUUAUAGCAGAGCACACUGCUAUUGCACAAAUAGACCACCUCAGCAGAUUGUGUGUGCAUAAUUUUGGCGCGUGUCCUUCUGCUGCAAAAAUAAAGCUUGGCCGAACAAAGUGCACAAGCAUUAUUAACAACGUUUUGGCGCAGCACUUCGAUGAAGACUUAACUGCAGACAUUGGUGAUUCGAAUUAUAGCCUGCUCCUGGAUGAAUCUACAGAUGUCAGCGUAACAAAGCUAGUUGGUGUUGCCAUAAAUUACUUCAGUGUAAAAUGUGGCGCAAUUGUAUCUACUUUUUUAAGCCUUAUUCCCAUCGAAUCCGGAGAUGCUGUUUCGAUAGCCGAAGGUGUUAGACAGGAGCUCGUUCGAUUGAAGAUAAAUAUUAAUAAAAUGGUUGGAAUUGGCACUGACAAUGCAAGCGUUAUGACUGGAGUAAAGAGAAGCGUUUAUACCGAGCUCAAAAAAGAUGUUCCAUCGCUUAUUUUGAUCAAAUGUGUCUGUCAUUCGGUACAGCUGUCAGUCAAUCAUGCUUGCGCCAAAUGUUUGCCAGAUCAGUUGGAAUUUUUAAUCCAUGAUACUUACUCUUGGUUUUCUAAAAGCUCUAUGCGACAAAUCAAUUAUAAAAAAAUAUAUCAAUGCAUAAACGAUGACAAGGUACUAGCCUGAAUAUUUUACUUUAAUUUCGAAUUGUGUU